AUGUAUUUCAUUCUUCUUCUCAUUGCUCUCUGCUCCGUAUCUGAAUGUGUUCAGCGUCAGUAUCACUUUAUAAAUGAGAGGAAGACCUGGACUGAAGCUCAGAGAUACUGCAGAGAGAAAUACACAGAUCUGGCCACCGCUGACAACAUGAACGACACGAACGAGCUGAAGAAGAGUGUGAAUGAUAGAAGUGUUCAAGAUGUCUGGAUUGGGCUGCAGAAGACGGGUCGUGAUGAAUGGCAGUGGUCUUCAGGUGAACCUGUGCUCUAUCUGAACUGGGGACAUAAUCAACCAAAUGGUGGUGAAGAAGAAUGUGUUAUGAUGAAGAAUGGACAAUGGCAUGAUGUGAGAUGUAGUGUGUUCCUAACUUUUAUUUGCAGUUCAUCCAAUAACACAAACACAGGACUCGUCUUUAUCAAUCAGAUGAUGAACUGGAGAGACGCUCAGAGUUACUGCAGACAGAAUCACAUUGAUCUGGUCAGUGUGAGAAACCAGAAUGAGAAUCAACAGGUUCAGAAGAUCAUUAGUGAUAAUCAUUUAUCUGGAUCACAAGUCUGGAUCGGUCUGUUCAGAGACUCAUGGCAGUGGUCAGAUCAGAGUGACUCCUCAUUCAGAGACUGGGACACUGGUGAACCUAAUAAUUGGGGAGGUAAUGAAAACUGUACAGUUGUGAAACUGAACACUCAGGGAAAAUGGAACGACAUCUCUUGCACCAGUCAAUAUCCUUUUGUGUGUCAUGAAGAUAAACUGAUUGUGAUCAGAGAGAAUCUGACGUGGUCUGAAGCUCUGAGAUACUGCAGACAGAAUCAUGUGGAUCUGGUCUCGGUUCAUUCAGAAGAGAUUCAGCGUGAGGUGAUGGACGUGGUUAAACAAGCGUCUACUGCGGAGGUGUGGUUAGGAUUACGUCACUCCUGCAUUUUGGGCGUCUGGUUCUGGGUGAGUGGAGACACUGUGUGCUAUCAGAACUGGGCUCCAGGGAACGGUGCAUCAGAGGAGGACUGUGAACACACAGUGAGAUCUGGAGCAGUUCAGUCUGGAGGAGAUCAGCGCUGGAUCAGCCGUCCUGAGACUCACAAACUCAACUUCAUCUGCAGAAAUUAUGGAGAGUGAAGAACAUGUGAAUGGCUGUAUGUUUAUUUCCAUUAUCUUCCUGUUCCCAGCUGUGAAGGUUAAAUACAUGUUUUUCUACAGAUAAUAUGUUAUAUAAAUAGUUCAUGCAGUCUUUCAGUAAUAUAUUACUGAGCUGUGAAGUGUAGAUGGUGUGUAUUUCUCCAGGAGGAUGAUUCAGUGUGAUUCCUGUUGGUGGUGUUUGGUUAAGGGCUUACAGUUAGAACUGCUCUUUUUAAUGCGUUUGCUUUUACAAACUCUUUUAAAAUGUACUUUGUGUUAUUCAGUAACUGCAGAAUUUUGAGACAUUCAUCUGCCAGUUUAAUUUUGUGAGGGUUCAUAAGGGAAUCAUAUUUAUAUCAUUAGAUAAAUUGUUGUACUGUUUUCUUUUAGUUUUAUGAGAAAAUGUGCUCUUAUGAAAGUACAAUGUAAUUUAUUAAUGUGACUGAAGAGUAUAAUAUGAGUUAUAUGUAUUUUGAGAAUUUUUGUAUGAUGGUGUGGCUACUUCUUCCUUAUGUUUAAAGAUUUUAUGUAUAAUAAAUAUACAUUAACUUUGGAAAAUAUGUUUUGACUGAGAUUGUGUGAGCUCUGUGUUUCUCAGCAGAAUAAGUUCAGGUUUAUUCUUAGAAAGUAAGAGGUGAAGGUAGGGUAUACAAUAUCUUGUGUCUUCAUCCAUGAACUCAGGAUCAGAUCUUGAGCUGACAGCUGAUGAUCUCCAUCAUGGUACAAACAAAGCCUAACUGGAUUGGUUUGGUUUUGCCAACUCAAAACUAAUCCCAUAACCAUAAGUUUGUUCAACUCCCAUCGCGGUUAUGGGCCUGGUGUCUGAAAACUCAUCCAAAUCUGUUUUAAUCUUACUUUUAGGGCUGAAUCAAAAACACAAAAAGGUUCUGUUGGUGUCUGAACCCCUGAAUUUUCAAAAAAUAAUAUACAGUCGAUGACUAAAUAGUUCAUGGUUAAGUUCAUAGAUCUGUUGCAGGGUUUGACACAGAAGCACUUUGUUGUUCAUUGACGUCAUGAGCGGGCAGCAACAGAAAACACAAAUGAGGAGAGACAAGAUCAAGUUAACAUUAAACCACAGACCAGGAUGUCAAUAUCUUGUUGAAUGAUUCUUGAAUACUGGUAGCUUUCAUAUAACUCUAAUAGUAUUUUCUGUCCACUUGAUAAGACAUUCAGACCUCUCAGGAACUCAUAUAAAGAGUUUCAUCAGAAAUGGACUUGCUGUAAGGAGCACUGGAACUUCAGCGCCCCUGCAGAUGUAUUGAAGGAGGGUGUGAAAGACUUACCUAGUUGUCUAUCUUGUUCACUUCAACACAAAUAUAUUGAGCUGAAAACAAACCCAAGAUGAUUUCUAUGUAUGGCACCAUUUUGGUCACUUAUGUAAACAAGCCUAUGGAAGGAUAGUCCGGACAAUUUUAAAAAGGAAUUGUAAAUUGUACUUUUCAACUGUUUUCCAUAUGUGGAUGCAAAAUUGUGCCAUCCAAAUUUAAAAAGAAAAAACAGAGUCCAUUUGCAACU